AUGAUUCUUGACCUGCACAAGAAGUAUGGACCUAUAGUCCAGGUCUCACCAAAUGAGGUAUCUGUGGCCGACUUUGAAGCCACCAAACAGAUUUAUGGAACAAAGGAUCGUUGGGCCAAGAGCGACUAUUUUGACCAUUUUAUGGGGUAUGGCAGGCGUUCCAUAUUUGCGACCAAGCCCUAUGAGGGCCAUCAGAUCAAGCGCAAGUACACUUCAUCAUUCUACCAAGCAAAAACUAUAUACAAGCUUCCAGAGAUUGAAGAGCAUAUCAAGUCUCGCUCUCUAUCUGUGCUUGAUCAAGUCCUAAACGGCGAAGAUGUUGAUGUUUUCAGUCUUACGUCGUGGUACGCACUGGAUAACAUAACCUUCUUGGUUUUCGGACCAAAUCACGGAACUCAUGCGGUGGACCAGAUGUGCACCGAACGUGGAAUCCUUGAGGGCUUGAAGCAUCAACAGUUCAGAGUCAGCUCUCGGCUACGGUACCUUUCAGCAGAUGAGGAAUUCUCGGCUUGGUGCCAGAAGAAGUUCUUCGCUGCUCUCAAGGACCCGCAGUUACAUGAAUCGCACUCUCUGGUACGUUAUCUUUGGGAACUCAAAGAGGAUGAUGCACAUGACGGGUCAAUCGAUGUUGCAUAUAUGGCAGCAGAAGUCCUCGACAACAUCGACGCUGCCGAGGCCACUAUCGCAGUGACGGCAACAUAUCUCAUCUGGAAACUGACCGAGGCACCAGAUUGGCAGGACAAGAUACGGCAAGAGCUGUCUGUCUUGCCGAAGCAAGACGAUGGAUAUCCGUCAUUCGCAGAUAUCGAUACUCGGGUUCCGUCACUCGAGGCAUGUCUCCGUGAGGUUUACCGCAUGCACCCAUCCUCAAGUGGGAAGAACGAAAGAGUGGUGCCUUUGGGAGGCCGCGCACUGGCAGGAGUGUUUAUACCAGAGCAUACCGUUAUCACAUCCUCAGUUCUUGCGUUGCACUAUGAUAGAGAGGUCUACUCUGACCCUGAUAAUUUCCUCCCACGCAGAUGGAUUAACGGAAGUGAAGAGCAGCGAAAGGUUCUUGAUGCACAGUUAAUCCCUUUCGGCUACGGAGGAAGAAUCUGCUUAGGAAAGGCGUUGGCUACUAUGGAACUCAAGCUACUUAUAGCGAGUCUGUAUCUUGAGCAUGAGAGCGUGGCAACAUUGGCGACCAAUGCUGAGUCCAUGAAGCAGUGUAGCACCCAUGACGCGGUACCAAGAGGGCUAAAAUGUGAAGUCAGGUUCAGAAAGAUGAAGGACAAUGUAGCGCUGGAAUGA